GCAAGAAGAAGAGGCGGGGGGAGGGGAGUUUUCCCAACUGCUUCUUCCUACCGAAGGGGACUGAAAGUUGGGAAGGGGAAAAUAACAUCGGCCCGGUGCCAGAGUGGCUGGAACUGGUGCAGGUCCUGUGAAGCUGGUGUUGUGCUAUGUUCACUGAUGGAGAUCCAACUGGUUACUGUGAAGGAAGAGACAGGAGCUGUAGCGCCCCCUGUCUGUCCCCUGUGCCAGGAGGAGCUGCCGGCCCUGGCUGGAUCCCAGGGGCAAGUUCCACAAUGCCCGGGGUGCAAAAACAUCUUCUUGGAACCCCAGAACUGGUUGCCUGGCAACCAAGAGGCCCUGGCCCUCCCUGUGGAGAGACCUUACAGCUGCUCCUUCUGCCCAAAGCGCUUCAAGAGGGCUUCUGACCGGCGUGACCAUGAGCGGGUGCAUACAGGGGAAAGGCCCUAUGGAUGUGGUGUCUGUGGUAAGCGCUUUACUCAGAGCUCUGUGCUUUCCGGCCACAUGCGGAUUCAUACUGGCGAGCGGCCUUUCCGCUGUGGUGUCUGCUUCAAGUCUUUCAACAACGGCUCCAACUUCCGCAAGCACCAACGCAUCCAUGGCCAGCCAUACACUUACAGUGAGAAGGGGAGUGCUGGGAAGGACUGUGUCAUCCUGCCUGGGAAGAAACAGAGCCAGCUGGCGGAAGGACAAGAUGGCAACCGUACAAGUCACAGCCCCAUCCUGAGGCAAAAUGGCCACCAAAUCAUCAAGGAACUGAGAGAAAGUGGAAGCAGCCGGGGUCAUGACCCCAAAAGGAGGCACAAUUAUCCUUAUAUUAAUGGACUAAGCCAAGAUAGCAACUACAGUAGCAGCCUAAGGCAACCUGGUGACAGUGAAGCCCAUUGCAAGAGAAUGAGACCAAGAGAAGAUGUUGUUAAUUGUGGUCCUAACCUUGAUAUGAGGCAAGAUAACCCAGGAAGUGGCAGCAUGAGGGGUCUGAGGCAGAACAGCAAUGGCAAAGGACACAGUGGUGGCCUGAGGGAAAGUGGCAAUUGUAGCCAUGACCAAGUGGUGAUUCAGAAUGGCCACAACUUCAAGCGACAGGAGUAUCUUAGUCAUGAAAAUCACACCCAAGGUGUGAGGCAAAACAGAGCAGGAGAAGGCCAUGCUCAGGGAGAACGGAAGCAACCUGGUGAGAGCCGCCAUAUCAGGCUACAACUGAAUGGUGGCAGCUGUGGAAAAGGCCUCUUGCAACAGGGUGACUUUCACUUUCACAAAUUCUGUCAAGAUAGUGGAGACAAAGGCUAUGGAGGCUACCUCAAAGGGCUGAAGCAAAGUAGAGGUGAGAGUAUCAUUGCAGACAUAAAGCAGAAUGGCAGAGGGGGAAGCAGUGUUGGUGGACUGAGCCCAAGCAGGGAGGUCAACACCACAGAACUGAGGCAAAAUGGCAGCCGUGGAGACCACAAUAGCUUGAGGCAAAAUGGCACUGACCAUUUUAGAGAGCUGAGACAAGAUGGCAGCACCUUCAAGGAGAAACGGAGGGACUUUCAGGUAUGCAUCCCAGAAAAUAUUAGCAUUCACACAGCCAAAGCAUCUGCGUGGGCCUGCUCUGAUAGGGGGAAUGUCAUGGCCUGGGAUGAGCCCAAGAUGGGGAUAAUAAGGGAAAGGGAUGGAUUUGAUGGAUCUGUGUCAGACAGGCCUGUUGCCAUGUCUCCCUGGGAACUAGAGGGUCCUGAGCCAUGCUCUCUGCCUUACAAUAUUUCUGCAUCUCCCAGUCACCACUCAUUACGAGACCAGUUUGGAAGCUCCACUCAGCACUGGGAAGAAGAGGGGAGCCCUACCUCUCGCUUUCCUUUCCUAGAUCCUGAGCCCUGUGAACAGCACUCCAAGUCAGCAUUUGAUUCCAAACCCUUCCUGUGCUUUGCGUGCCCAAAGCAGUUCCGCCGCGCCACAGAUCUGAAGGAGCACCUGCGAGUGCAUACGGGUGAAAGGCCCUUUGGCUGCAAUGUCUGUGGCAAGCGGUUCACACAGAGCUCGGCCCUGGCCACCCACCGGAGACUGCACACUGGGGAGAAGCCCUUUGAGUGUGCUGUGUGCUGCCGUCGCUUCAAUAACUCUUCCAACUUUGCCAAGCAUCGUCGGCUUCAUGGACAGGAGAGCGCAGGACGUGGAGGGAAAAAUGGUGGACAGAGAACCAUGGUUUGCCAAGCCACAGUGACUUCUUAGGUGGAAAUCCUUCACUGGGAGACAGAACAUCGUAGCUAUGGACAGGGCUGUGGGUACUACUCCACCACUGCAGUACUGAGUGCUGAAUUAAAUGAUGUAGGAACCAUUAAAACAAAACAAACAAGUUUCUAGCCCUUAUGGUUUGGUUCAGCUGUAAGGCCAGACUAUGACUUGGUGUUAUAUGAAGGAGCCUCAGACUUAUAUAUUCCUUUCCUGAAUAAUAAUUAGCAUGUAUAUAGUAUUCAAGCGUUCAAAGCACUUCCCAUGUAUUAUCUUGUAAUCCUACAUGCUCCAGUUCCUUCCCACAUUUUCUGAUUCUUGGAAAAGAACAGUUUGCCUGCAAACCAGAACUGGAAAUAACAGUUAAAAACAGUUGCUUCCAUUUCUGGUUGCGGGACAAACUAUGGUUUGCAAACUGUUGUUUGCUGAGAACUAGGAAGUGCAGGAAUAAUUGGAGUGUAUUGAAGGGGUUGGACUAUGGAAGCCUGAGGCCUAUUCAUAUCCAAACUAAACCAUCCCAUGGUGUUAGAUCUGAACUGAGCCAUAACCUCGAGGACUGGAAUCUUGCUCCCCCCUCCCUCUCACUUUGUUUCUUUUGUUUGGUAUUACAUUUGAACUGAGCUAAUGAAUUAAGGCUGGAAAGCGUGUGGUUAGUGCUUGAUGAAAUCUCUGGAGUGGGGAGAGGGAAAACUGAGCAGAAUUUCUAGUAGUCAGUGCCUUUCCUAGGUGCUUUCCUUAAAACCUAAAGAAAUAUUAUUCAGAAUAAGCAAGCACCUGAAUAUUUGCUUGAUUUGUGUAAUCUAGCACAACUGCUAGAAUAUGAGGGGCUUUGACACUGAAAUGAGCGAUGGAAUUGUCUUGUCUUUUAGCAGAGCACUGACAGCAAUCACUACACACACAUUUUUAAGCAUGUCCCCAUACUCAAGAGGGCAAAUUAAAAUCACUUUUUGGGGAAGAGUUGCAUGUAGAUAAAAAUGGGGGGAAAGAAAUUUAUUCAUGCUAUGCCAGCAAUGGAGCAAGCUGGAGAAAAGAAAUUGGGCAAAAGGUCUCCCCAAACUGUGUAAAUAUUCUCAGCAAAUAACCCAAAGCUAGAAAUAAAAUUUUUGAAAAGCUAUUGCUGUGAUGUUCCUUGACAUUCUGCUUUGCAGACCAAAAACAAUUAAGGGGAAAAGAGUUUAUUACAGGACAGACACUGGUAAAUUUACAUAUAAUCCUGAUGCAAAAACUUAACUAGAAAGAACACUGCAUGAUCUUACAAAAGAAAAGAAAAAGCUUCCCUAUGAGAGAACCAGUCACCUUAGUGGCACAGCGGGGAAAUGCUUGACUAACCAGCAGAAGGUUACCAGUUCGAAUCUCUACUGUUAUGUUCCCCAGACUAUAGGAAACACCUAUAUCAGGCAGCAGUGAUAUAAGAUGCUGCUGAAAGGCAUCUCAUACUACGCAGGAGGUGGCGGCAAUGGUAAACCCCUCCUGUAUUCUACCAAAAGAAAACCACAGGGCUCUGUGGGAGCCAGGAGUCAAAAUAGACUUGAUAGCACUUUACCUUUAUGAGAGAAUCAGAGGUGACAUUGUGUAUUUCACAAGAAAUUUUGCCUAAACAUCCAGUCCGAAUAUUUUCAUCGGUGUAGAUCCUGUCUUGUCUUUCCUUCAGAUGCAGUAAAAAACGUUUUCCAUUUUACGUUGACGUUAUGAAACUAUGUUGUUUUUUAAUAACAACUAAGCAUUCUCAGUUCUGCUUUUUUCAGUGUGCAUCAUGUAAUAUAAACCUUUUAAGAUCUUUGUGGUUUUCUCCAUGGAUGGGAGUAUUGUGGCCAUUUUCCACACGCAGCACAAAUGGAUAUUAGUUUAUCUAGGUAAACUGGGCCAAGGGUCUCAAAACAUAUCCAGAUCAGUACUCAACAUGUCUGAUUUCAAUUGAAAAAAAAAAUUUUUUUUUUGGAGGGUGUGUGUGUGCCUUGAGUUAUCACCAGGACUAACAUUCCAUUUCUGAUGGCAGCUGAACAUGUAAGAAGUCUUUUUUUAAAAAAAGUAGCCCCUUCACACUGAAGUGUCACAGGAGUCUUUAUGGUAGGAGUUACAGAUAUGCACAAGUAGCAUUAGGCAGCUUUUUAUCAUGUCUCUGAUAUAGAACUUUCCAGAUAUUGAUCAGGCUUUGAGUAGACAACUGAAAACCAAAUCUGUUAAGCGUGAUUCUGUCCUGCUUCUGCAACUCCUCCUAUCUUGCUGAGGAUAAGCUGAAAUGAAGCCAGCGUGGGUAGUUUCCCCCCUCAGAUUCUCCUGAUUCAUUUGCUUGCAAUAAUUGUAUUUGAUAUUUGGAUUGUUUUCAAUCUCACCAGACGUAUGGGGACAGGGCAAAAAAACAAGGUGUAACAUUAUUUCAUUUGGCAAAGAUACUGCUCUCAUUAUUUCCUUAAAUUUCAUCAAGAUGUUUUAUUUUUUGUAAGUAUUCCUCAAAUUUUAAUUUCAAAAGCAAACUCUGAAAAUGUGUUAAAUUACAGUUUUAAAAUUGUGUUGUA